AUGGUCUUCGCCACCGCAUCUCCCCUUGUUGCGAUCACGGAAGCCUUUUCCUCUUCCACCCUCCGUAUCUCCUCCACUGUCCGCCUCAUCUCCCCUUCCGCUACGGCUCUCAGCACCACCACCUCCCUUCCGCGUAUCCCCUCCGCUGCGUCUUCCUCCUCUCGCCUCUCCUUUUCCGCGUUCCUUGGCGCGAAGCUUCCCGCGCGGACUCCUGCGGGAUUUGGGAAAGCUCGUGCAGUGCGUGCCCGGGUGGUGACAGCGAUGGCAGCGGCACCGAAGAUCACCGAGCCUGUUGAAGUCUUGGUGAAGGCGGCCACAGGAUCACCCGAUAAGCUCGGAGAUUGUCCGUUCUCCCAGCGCGUGCUCAUCACCGUGGAAGAGAAGGGACUACCGUACUCCUACCGCCUCGUCGACACGGCCAACAAGCCGCGAUGGUUCCUGGAUGUGAAUCCCGAGGGCAAGGUGCCGGUGAUCAAGACGGCGGAUGGGUGGCUGGCUGACUCGGACGCCAUCACUGCUGCGCUCGAAUCCGACUUCCCUCAGCCGUCCCUUGCCACGCCGGACGACAAGAAGGCCGUUGGCGCGGGUGUCUUUGGCGCGUUUGUGAAGUUUCUCAAGAGCAAAGACAGCGCUGAUGGCACGGAGCAGGCGCUGCUGGGGGAGCUGUCCGCCCUAGAGGACGCUCUCAAGGCCUCGGGCGGUCCGUUUGUGGCGGGUGAGAGAGUCACAGCAGUGGACAUUGGUCUCUCCCCGAAGCUCUACCACAUGAUAGUCGCUCUGCCACACUACAAGAACUGGCACAUUCCUGACACCUUCACACACGUGCAUGCAUACAUCAAGGCGCUCCACAGCAGGGAGAGCUUCAAGAAGACAUCAGCCCCUCCAGAGGUAGUCAUUGCUGGGUGGAACCGUGCAUUGGGUAUCACUGCCUGA